AUGUCCAACAGCGAGAAAAACCAAAGGAUCUUACUGGAGCUGGUGAAGCUGCCGGAGAACAGCCGCUGCGCUGACUGCGGAGCGCCGGAUCCAGAUUGGGCGUCCUACAAGCUUGGAGUGUUUGUGUGCCUGAACUGCUCUGGGAUCCACCGCAGCCUCUCCAGCCGGGUCAAAUCCAUCCGGUUAGACUUCUGGGAGGAUGACCUCGUGGAGUUUAUGAAAUCUACUGGCAAUGCCAAAGUCCGAUCUGUGUACGAGAAAGACGUGCCCCCGUUCUACUAUCGACCCCAGGAGUCCGACUGCAGGUGA